AUGAAAUAAAUUCUCAUUUUCAUUUUAAGCUUAUGGCUAGUGUUCGCUUAAGAUAAAUUAUUGGCUGUAUAAGCAAUUUGGAGACAUGGAGCAAGAAAUCCUUACUAUUGUAAUUUUAAAUGUGAUUUAAAUGUACCAAAAGGAGAUGCAGCAUUAUUAACACCUACAGGAAUGAGAUAAUAAUAUGUAUUAGGAAAAUGGCUUAGAUAAAGAUACAUCUUAGAUAUUCCACUUUUAUCACCUACUUUUAAUGAAAAUGAAAUAUACAUUGAAAGCUCAGAUGUUAAUAGGUAUACAUAGAAUGAAAAAUAACUAGGACUUUAUAAAGUGCCUAUUGUAAUUUAUAAGGAAUGUAUCCAGAAGGACCUGUUGUUCCUCAUUUUGAAGGUGAAAAUACUUCAUUGCUUUUACCACCAAAUAAUGGAGCUAUUGUUCCUAAAGAUAUUAAAGAUUAUGCUUUACCUAACAAAAUCUAAUUGAUACCUAUCCAUACUAAAUAAAAAAGUCUGGAUUAUGCUGUAGCUAUUUCAUGUCCUAAGGGUGUUAAUAUGACUGCUGAAAAUUAAAAAUCAGAUUUAUAUAAAGAAGUCAAUGAUGCCACUGCUAAAUUAUAUAAAGAUUUUAAUGAAUAACUAAAUUUAAAAGGAGAAGAACAAGUUAAUGAUUUUGUAGUUCUCUCUAAUUAUAGAGAUACCUUUAUUUGCAAUAGGUACAAUGGUGAUGAAAUGCCAAACUUAACAACAGAAACAUUAAAAUAAAUUGAUGAUGUUGCCAAUUUNUAGAUUAAGUUUCUUCUUAAAAUUCUCCUCUAAGCUGUAGAUUGCUUGAUAUCAGGAAAUAAUAAUUACUUAGAAUUGUAAUUUAUAGUUUUGUUUACUUUUUCUAAAAACCAGGAGAUUUAAGAUAAUUUUUAAUUUAAUAUUUGGUAUUAGUUAAUGUUAUUAAAGGGUAACCAAUAAAUCACAUAUCUAAAAUAAAAAAUAAAUUUAGAGUCGAGAUUGAAGAAUAAAAUGGAAGAAUUAAUUUAUCUAGAUAUAUUUAAAAAGUUAUAAUGAUUAACUUAAUAAUA